AUGAAUACAGCUCACAACAUUAAUGUCAGCAUAGCUGAUGUUGUAGAAGUACGUGGAACUGGACUUGAACCUGUAGAGCUUCUUGCUUUGGCGACAACAGCUGCUGACUCAUUACCACCAUGUCCAAGGGGUACCGUGUUUGAUCCCGAGAACAUCUUUAUCAGUAAUGAAGGGAAAAUAAUAAUACGUACCGUCCCUUCUGAAACUGUUGAACCCGAGUUCAUUCCUCCAGAAUGGGAGAGAGGUCAAAGCAAUGAAUCCGCUGCCGCUGUGUAUUGUCUCGGAGCAGUGCUUCGAAGUUGUGGCGCUCAAGAAUCCAAUGAUGUACAACUAUUCUCUCUAGUAAAUAUUCUGACAGUUGGCCAUGUCGAUACUAGGCCCACUGCGAACAGAAUGAGUCAAAUAGCAAGAAAACAACUAGGAAGUCAUGACCCUCACGACAUUCUCAUUAGCUUAUAUGAAGAAAUUAUGGGAGACGAAGAAAGCAAUCAAAUUCCCGAGGGAGGCUUAGACAUUGAUGACUUGGACAUUGGAGAUGAUUUAUCGGCUUCUGUCACUAUACCAACUGUUAAAAAAGCAGUUGAAUAUAUUGAAGAAGACGAAAAGGAUGGUCGAGCUACUUCAACCUCGACUUCUACUUCUUCCGGUAAUAGCACGCAAAAAGAUAGCUCACCUUUCGAAGAAGAAGAGGAAGAUAUUGAAGAAGAAGAGGUGCAUGAACAUGAGGUUCCUAAUAUUGGUAGAACAACAUUCUCUCCCAAAAACUUGAGCACUCCUAUUCUUGAAAUAGGUUCUCCUAUAGGAAAUAGUACCCGUCUUAACGAUUCAUAUGUGGAAGAGCAUUCUAUAAACUCUUUCAAUGACAACUUCGUCAAAACUGCUGAAGUGUCUCCCUUUGACGGUGAUGAGAUUCAUCAUGGAGGAACACUUUCAGGAAGAGAUCCAUUUGCCGAUGAGAGUCUGAACAGGAGCCAGAACAAGUCCUUGCAAAGAUCUAAUGUAUUGGACUUCAGCAAGAGCGUAGUUGAGGAGCGAACAGUUCCUACGAAAUCACCCCUCAUGCACCGGUUUUCCUCGUCAUCCGAUGAAAUCGUUGAUGUGUCUCAUCAUAAGUUCGAUGUUGAUUUUAUGAAACCAAAAUCCCGGGCUAGCUACUUCGAUGAUAUCGUUGAUGAUGAUCAUAUCGACUCCAUGGAUAAGUUGGAUCAGAAACGAGAUGAACAAGAGAAAUAUGAGAAGAUUAACACCAAGCCUUCGCAUAUUUAUGAAGCUCCUGUUAUCGCUCCACCACGUUCAAGACGGAAUUCCGCUAACGUACAGUUAGAUCGUUUGAAAGAACAAACCGAUAGUAUUCGGGCUACUGUCGAAAAAUUGAAUGAAGAUUCACAUGAGAUCGAUCAUGAAAUCAAUAGAAGUCAUGUUGAUGCCGUAGUAAUAACUGAAUCUCGUUCUCCGUUUGUAAAACGGGCUCAAAUGGUUAAACAUCAUAUGCCUGAAACACCAGAUGAAGCUGAAACUCCAAUAGAUUUAGCUUUCAGUCAAGCGAUGAGUGUUAAACAUACCUCGGUGAAAACUGUGGUCGAAGAUUCGCCUGUCCCUACUCCCAAAGCAUCAGAGUCUCCACGUCUCGAAAGAAAGAAUUCAUUGGCAGCGUCACGUAUCAGCGGCCGAGCUAGCUCUCGAGGGAAAAGGAAGACAAGAGCUCUACCUGAGUUCUAUGACAACUCUCGCCAUCCUAGCAUAAGACUUAAGGCUCCUAGUGCGAAAAAGAAAAAGUUGACGAUCAUGCGGAUAGAGCAAUCAGAGGUUCUAGUCGAGCUACUCAACGGUCAAAGAGUUGAAGUCAGUUGUCGAACCGAUGUUAUAGCUAGAGAUAUUUUCUCUUUGGUGGUUCAGCAUAUGAACAUCAAUGAGCAUAUUUUCUUUGGAUUAUCUUACAAAAAAGAUAAUGAACACUUUUUCAUCGAUGAAGAGCAAAGACUUGAGAAGUUUGCGCCACCAGGUUGGAAAAUCGGAACUCGCGGCCCGCAUAAGCAUAAUUUUGUACUAUUCCUACGCUUCAGGUUCUAUCCGCAGAUGUUAGAAUUCAUCAAAACAGAAACAACGAUGCAUGAGCUCUACUUACAAGUUAGACAUGAUGUGAUAGAUGAGAGGAUUCAGCCUAAGCGAGAUGUUGCUUACGACUUAGCUGCCUUUGCUCUCCAAGCUGAGUUUGGAAACCGACCACCACCUGCUGUUUUAGACUAUUUUGAUAACUAUCAUUACUUACCGAGGCGCUAUUGUUCUAAUGACGACCAGAAACGAUUAGCUGAACUUCAUGGACAACACAAAGAUGUUUCAUCAUAUGACGCAGAGUAUAAUUUCAUCAAAAUAUGUCAACAGCACGGAGAGUUUGGAGCGCACUUGCAUCGAGUAUUCCGCAACAAACCCGUCGGAUCGGUAGGGGCUGACCCCUUAGAUCCUGAUACUGGAGCAUCUCUCUGGAUUGCUAUCAUGCCUAGAGGAAUAACAGUCUAUGAAGAGCAGGGUGGAAUCCGUAUAAGACGAUCUGAACAUCAAUGGCCUGAGACUCAAACAUUACAGUUUGACAAGAAAAGGUUCGUGAUUGUCAGCGGGCAGCAUGACGAGACAAUCCUAUUCACCGAUCAUCACUCUAAAAGUAGUUACUUUGUUAAGUUUUCCGCUUCUCAACAUCAAUUUAUGAUGAAGAUGCGCAAAUGGAAAACAACACUUCGCCAUGAGAAUACUAUCCAGGCAAUGCCUGAUGUUUGUGUAGAAGGCAGAUCUCCUCCUUCACCAAUAAAUGUAUCCGCUUCCCCUCUUGAAAACGCCUCGAGUCUGUUCGAAAUGAUGCCUUCCAGUGCUACCGCUUCUGAUAACCGUGUACAGAUGAAGUCUCAAGAUGACUUUGCAAGUUCCGACACUGAGACCAAUAGUCACCCAAACAUUGAACGAUUCGAGCCUGCUUCUGGUCCAGAUUCUAACGGUGAAUACUCACGAAUGCAGUUCGAAGUAACCAUAAAGAAGGAUCCCACUACGGGACUAGGAUUGACAUUAGUAGAUGGAAACUUGAACGGAGUCAAAGGUGUUUACAUUAAAUCAGUUGCUGAGAACGGUGCUGGCAUGCAGGCGGGAAUACAUCUCGGUGAUCGCUUGGUUUCUAUCGAUGGACAGUCAAUCGAAGGAGCAGAUCGUCAUCUUGCUGUAGAAUUCGUCAAGAAAAGUGGAGCCUUCGUUAAGAUGGAGAUCGCUAGACUGGACGGUUUUGUUAGACACGAAAAAUCAACUUCUCGUGAUAGUGCAGAUGUUAGGAAGAAAAGCAGUACAUUGCCUGCAGGGCUAGCACCUCCUUCUACUAAAGGUGUCUCGCGAACUCCACCUGCCCCUCGAAAGGCUGCUAAUAGAAGGCAGAGAGCAGUGUCGGACUUCGGAGCUAUAGGUGAUAGUUUCCCAACCUUCAACAUUGAGAACACUCUUGAUAUGAAAGCUAUUUCUGGAAUCAACUUAGAUGAGUCCGAUGAAGAGCGCGGCGAGUUCAGGCUUCCAACAUCCUCGAUGUACUCUUUUGAUCAUCAUGAUGAAGAUGAGAUAAUCACAAUUGAGAACAAGUCAUCUGAUUAUUCUCGAUUGUCCGAAGAUUCCUCAUCUCACAUUGGGAAGAGGAAAACUAGAUAUACCAGGAAAUCAAACCUUGAUAGUACUGAUGAAGUAGAUGAGGAACGUGAAGAAGAUUCUGAUGAUGAUGAUGAAGAAAAUGAUCUUAUUGAAGUUUCUCUAGAACGCAAUUCAACAGGUAGUAUAGGAGUUCAAAUAGCUUCGGUAGGAGGCAGAGUUUGCAUCAAACAACUUACUGCUUCACCAGCAGCUGGACAUCCCCGUUUAAAAAUUGGCAUGCAAUUGAUCUCAGUAAAUGGACAUUCAGUAUCGGGAUGUACCCACCAAGAAGUUGUGUCAAUGCUCCGUAGUGGAGGCUCAACUGUAGUCCUUGGUCUUCGCAAAGAAGAGAAAUCAGAUGAAGCUAAAGACAAAGGAGCAAUAACAGUCACACUUAAUAAACAACAGAAUGAAAUAUUAGGUAUAGCUCUAGCUAAAAGAACUGGUGCUGAAGGUAUUUUCAUUCGAACAAUCACUGAGGGUUCAGUAGCUGCUUUAGAAGGUUCUCUCAAAGUGGGGGAUCGUAUUCUUGCUAUCGAUGAUGAACCCACAGAUCGUCUAUCUCCUAGCACCAUACACAACACAUUAAAGCAAAUAAUCGGACCAGUUCGGAUAUCAGUUGCCCGAUGA